CGACGCUAAACUGUGGAGCUCGACUGAGCGCGGAACCUGCAUCCGGAAGCAACCCACAGCUAAGUGAAAGUAUUUGACUUGAGCGCGGGAAGUGAAUUUUCGAAGUCAGCGAGUGAGUAAUCAAUCAUCAGAUACAAACUCAGGAGACAGCUACUCAGUGGACAAUGAAAACAGCGGAUGCAUCUGUUGAUUACACGGGUCCAGCAUGGAGACACUGAGAGAGAAUAAGACUGUAUUAACUGAGAUCCUGUCUGCGGACUCCAGUUUCAUCCUUCAACAUGUUGAGGAGUGUGGUUUAAUAACUACGCGUGAAUAUCGCAUGCUGCACAGCUCUAAUAAGUCCAACUGGGAUACCAUUGUCCUCUUACUGGAUAAACUAAGGGAUAAAGAUGAAAACACAUGCAAAGUCUUCCUUGACAUGCUUCAAAAAACAGAAAUUGUUGACCAAUACCCUAAACUGAAGGAAGUAUUCAACCAGGAGAAUAAACCAUCACUCAGUGACUGCUCCUCUGGGCCUGCCCUUGGUCUCCCAGUUCCCUGUACUGAUGUUUCUGAUCCGGAGGCAUCGGUCCCUGGAGGCAAUGAGGUCGGUGUUUAUGACAUGAGCAGCAUUCCCCGUGGUCUGUGUUUAAUCAUCAACAAUAAGAACUUUGUUGAUGAUCGUCUCAAAGUCAGACAUGGAACUGACAAGGAUGCAUCGGAUCUGGCCAAGGUAUUCACCCGGCUGAAAUUCACUGUGCUUAUGUGCAAGGACCAGACUGCAGUGGAGAUGAAACAUGUGCUGGAGGUUUUCUCUGAGCUCAAGCAGUUAUCGAAUCUGCAGGCACAUGCUGUGAAGGAGUGGGUUGGCGGUGAAUUUGCUGAGCUGAAGGAGCUUCCUCAGCAUGGCGAUGCCUUCGUCUGCUGCAUUUUGAGUCACGGAGAAAAAGAGGGUGUCUUUGGCAAAGAUGGAAUGGUCAUUCGUACCAUCGAUAUCCAAUCGCCUUUCAAUGGCAGAAACUGUAGGAUGCUUCUCGAAAAGCCCAAGCUGUUCUUUAUCCAGGCAUGUCUAGGAUCUGACGUGCAGGAUGGAGUGCCGUUGAACAAGAAGCCUAAAGUUCAGGAGAUGGACACAUUUAUGGACACAGAUGGUGUACCAGUACACACCCAUCCGAUAUAUUCUGAUUUCCUUGUCUUUAUGUCCAACGUGGAGGGGUAUCUCACUAUCAGGGACAAAACCAAUGGCACCUGGUUCAUCCAGUCUCUGUGUAGUCAGCUGGAGAAAAGCUGCCGCAGAGGGCAAGACAUCUAUGACAUCCUUAUAGCGGUCAAAGACGAAGUGAGCAAGAAAGCGCAUGAAUAUCCAGUUAAAGACACUGAUGGUAAUUAUAGCUACAAGCUGUUCAAGCAAUCACCAGAAGUCAGAGACACCUUAACUAAGAAACUUAUCUUUCCUGCGGAGACCACGCCUACUGACUGAUGACCUUGAUGUUGCCAUAGUACCCUUGAUUAUUAACUGUCCAUAUGCUCAGUCAAUUUCUGUUUUGAUUUAAUAGCGUGCUUCUACACAGGACAGGAAUAUUAUGGCAUAAUCACAUGAUCAUCAGGUGCCAUUUUCAUUUGAUAAUUUGUAUAUACUAUUUACAUAAUGGGAUGCAUUUGACAAGGGAUGAUUCACUUUUUAU